AUGUCGUCUCAUGCGAAAGAACACAGACGAGUGUACCAGGCUUGUGAGCCUUGCAGGGAGAAAAAGGUGCGCUGCGAGUUGGGAUCGGCCGAUUGCCCCAAUAAACCACCCUGUGCGCGAUGCCGCAGAGAGAGCAAAGAAUGUUUCUUUGCCGCAUCGAGGAUAAGAAAGACUGCCUCCACGAAGCGAAAAGCACAAUCACCGCUUGUGCCAGAGCCCAUCAGAUCUCAACCUGCGACUUCUUUUCCUGAUGCGGCACGUUUGUAUAACAGCAAUCUGGCUCCUGGAUUACAAGAAGAGGAGAGCCUGAAGUUUCCGGAAAAUGGAGGAGCUGCAACUGCUUUGCUUGAGGGUCACCCCCGAACCUACCAUGAUGCGUUGACAUUGCUAUCAAAAGCUUGUGAGCACAGUGAGGCUCAAAAGAGGACGGCUGAUGGCUUGCCCUUGACCAGCCAUCCCCAAAGUGUCAGACCGCAUCCUACCGACUCAUCUCUUGGCAUUCAUACCGAUACCAGCGCCAACAGUAACGAAGGCACCGAUGAGGCCCUCCGCGCCUGGUCAAACCUACGUUUUGUCCGUGGUGGGCUUUUCACAGCUGAGGAAGCGCUUGAUAUGGUUGAUCAUUUUUACAACUUCCAGUCUGCCUUCUCGCCUGUUGUGCCGGAAUACUAUCGAUGCCACUCCCAGCACGCGAUGCUGAUCGACGAGGAGCCCGUGUUAACCAUCACCAUAUUGAUGAUUGGGUCGCGUUACCGAAAGUGGUCAGGACCAGCUGCGGUCGCGCGCUCCUAUAUCGUUCAUGAUCGAAUUUGGAGAUAUCUACAGGGGAUGCUUUCACGAUUGUUUUGGUCGGAAGACCUGUUUGUAGGGGAAUUUCCUUCGCUAAGAGGGCCGCGGCCGGCAUAUACGGACACUUGGUCGCAUGGGUUCCGCACGUUAGGAACGUGCGAAGCGUUAUUGUUGUUGCUGGAUUGGCAUCCUCGGGCCCUCCACUUUCCGCCCCCGGAUGAGGAUACGUCGUCGAUAGUGAUUCCCGAGCCAAAGAGACUGCGCAAGAAUGAUUGUGCCACUGGGUAUUACGGGCCCGGGUCCGGACAUGACUGGCUCGCUCGAUCAGAUCGCCUAUGCCACUCCAUGCUCUCCACUGUUUUGAUGCUGGCAACCGAGAUGGAGAUUUUCUGCGACGAUAAAUCCUUCUGGCAAGGAGAUGAAAUUGGCCACGAUCAUCUGAAGCUCGCUCGUGACCAAGGGAGAUUUCACCGUAUACGGUGCUUGAUAUGGGUUUACGCGACACAGCAACCGGGUCGACCAGGACGAAGAAAUCCAACACAAUGGACUCCCAAACAAAGCCCCGGCAUUAAGAAUGAUGAUGCAACGGAAUGCUGGAUGCGCGUCGCAACUAUUAUGAAGAAUGCAAACGAUCUUCUCUUUGUGUCGCCGAGAUAUACAGGGGAAAUUAUUCGCAAUGGAAAGUACCUUCAGAUUGUUCGCGGCCUUGAGCCACUUCUGAACCAAUCGCUUAUUGAGUUCGAUCAUGCUAAGUUGGCGAAGCAGACGCGAUGUAUCUUGACCAUUGAGUAUGAGUAUGCCCAACUCUGCGUCUUCAGUCUUGCCUUGCAAGCAGCAAUUAACCGAAAUUGCCGUGACAAUACAAGUAGCAAACUAGAGAGCAGUUCAGAAGAGGAGAAGUAUCUCAGAGAAACUGUUAGGGCCGCUCGGACUGUACUAAGAACGGUGCUUGACGAUCUACUUCCCUAUGGGAGCUUAACCUAUAUUCCCGUUCGAUCAUACUCAAGGCUUCUCGGUGCAACUUUGAUUCUUCUCAAAUGCUGCGCGGCCGGAAUCAGCGACAUCGACAUACCCAUGUCCCUUGAUCUAGUUCGGCGAGUCGCUGUUGGCCUUCGUGAGUCUGCAGUCGAUGAUACACAUUUGAGUACGCGCUGGGGCGAUCUUCUUGAGAACCUCGCUUGUCGACUGCAGUCGCGCCUAACCCAGCCAAGCACGCCGAAAACGUGUAACGUGAGACUCCCAUCGUCAGCGACCCUGUCAAAAGAUCACGCAGAAGCCUCUCAGAUCUCUCAUGAAACAUAUCGCUCGGCAAUACAUUAUGCCCCUCAAGAUAUACAGCCUAGAGCUGAUCUUGAAGACAACGAUCUCUUGGAUCUCAACCGGUCCAGUUCUGAUGCUAAACAUGACUCACAAUUUGAUGCCUGGUCGAUGUGGUGGGACGACCAAUUUUCUCAGGUAAACCUCAAUUACAUGCCUUGGUUUCCAACUCUGGGGCUCGUGGGUGGAAAUGAUCCCCCUUCUCCAACGAUGCUGCUGAUGGUCUUUUUGGAAGCGCUGGACCAACCCAUUGAGCAUUAA